AAAAAAACAAACUAACAAAAAAGUGUUAAAUAUUGGAAAAUACAGUGAAAGUGUUGCUUUUUUUUUUCUUUCUUUCUUUCUUUCUUUCUUUUUUUUUUUCUUAUAUAAAAAACUUCGACAUUUCUUCAAAAAGAUAUAACGGUGCAUUAGCAUACUAGAGAGGACCCAAACCAAGAAGAUAGAAAGGAUGCGAUUGAUCGUACAGAUUUAAGAGUGGAGCCGAAGCCGAAGCCGAAACCGAAGUCGAAAUCAAAGUCGAAGUCGAAGUCAAAGUCGAAGUCGAAUUGAUUGAUUAAUUAAUUGAUUGAUCGAUCGAUCGAUCGAUCGUACAUCGAUUAAGAUGAACGAAAACGGAAAGAUGAACAAUAGCAAUAAUAGCAGUAUUAACAAUAAUAAUUGGUGCCGCCAGCUGACAUUGAUUAUCACGAUUUUUUUAUUGCUAUCUGUUGCAGUAGCUGAAAAGCAAAAACGUCAAAUCUUUAGGGAACAAGUAUUGCCAGCUCUUGGUGGGAAAAUACCAGAGGAAGCUUUUAGAACCGAUCGUUUGGCGCUAAAUCGUUUGAACAAGGAAGGCAUUACAAUACCGGAUGGUGUUAUACUAGACGCGAGACAGGUUCAUAAACAUCCACAUACUUCCCAGCAUAUGCCUAAGAUCAUUAAAGUAUACUUAACGCCUGAUGGUAGAUACGUACCACCCGAAGGUCGAACUCAUUAUGAUCAUCCGAAAGCCGUCGACACAACUUACAUCAUUCGAACUCCUUUCGGAAGACCCGAGAAAUCAAUGAAUAACUUUGGAAAUUACAAGCAUCAUCGAAUCCAUAACAAACAGCAACCUUAUCCUAAUUACAGACAACAGCUUGUACCAUUGAUUCCACCUACCAAACCUGGUGUUUAUAAGCCAAUAGUGACGCCAUUGAUGUUACCAGCGAAUCCUAAUUUCUUUGAACGAACAUAUUUGCCUACCUUGGAUCUCGAAUACGAUUGGGAUACCGUUUAUCGACCUUUCAAUGAAUAUUACGUCGACAACAUAUUGUUUAAUUCUCAUCAGAUUCUCACGGAUUAUCAAGGAUUUCUCGACGAAUUUCACGGAAGAUCGUUAAGACACGUUGUUGGCAAAUCCAACGAGAGAAACAAUUACGAUAAUGGCGCAGAUCGGCACAGAUACAAUUCGAACAAAAUUAUUCGAACGAAUGUUCGUUCUAAUGGUUAUCGCGAUAACAAGUACAAUAAUAAUAUCACAUCAAAUAUUAGUUACACGAAUCUCACGAUAAUUCCAGAGACUGAAUUUUCUUGUCGUGGAAGGAAGGGUAUGUUCGCUGACGUAGAAACCAAGUGUCAAGUCUUUCAUAAUUGUUCUGGUUGGUCGAGAACGUCUUCUCUUUGUCCACCUGGUACGGCUUUCAGCAAGGAUAAAAAUCGAUGCGAAUGGUGGAACACCGUCCAAUGCAGAGAAUGAUGAGAUAACUAAAAAUAACAAGUGUAUUCGAAGUCGAUUGACCAUCGGACUCUAAACGACACAUGAACUUUAACCAUUGAGUAUUUUUCAUUCGACUAAAGAUUUUUUAUAACAUCUUUAGUUAUAUAAAAAAAAAAAAAAAGAACAUCAUGAAAAUUUAAUUUUUAACAAUCCUCAUUAAUUUAAAUAUUCGUAAAACAUUUCAAUGUGUUGGAUUAAUAAGAUACGCGAUUAUUCAAAUGUAAGCACACGUAAUUAAUCCAAUCUCUAAUAUGAAAAAAAAGGGGCCAAUCUCAAUAUGAAAAAAAGGCCCAGUUUUCAAUUAAAAAAUUUACAAAAUAAGAAUAAUGUGCAUGGUUUAGUUCAUAAUUACGACACAAUAUUGUAAGGCAUUCUAAAUGAAUACAGUGUCGGUCUCCAAGAACAAUACAGUGCUUAUGAUUAUGUAAGCAAGUCACAUGAUAACUACAAACGUGAUAUCCGUAGUAAAAAAUUAUUCAGCCAUAACGUCGUAAGAUACAGUGUACGAAUUAAGAUCUGCGUAAAUCUAAGAAAUUUUGUACAACUUAUUUUUUAUAGUAAAAUGUUAAUACACGGA